CACAAAAUUAGGUAACGGUACUAUAAUAACUAUAAUAAACAAUACAGCGGCCAGACGAGUAUAAUGAGAACAGUUCAAUGCAGCUACCAACAUUUUCUCAUAAUAAAAGUUGUGAAAAGGCAAACAAAGCGGACCUUGAAAAACCAGUGUGGGGCGAAAGAUCAUGAAAGGACAUGUUUACGAGAUAAAACUACAAAUGACUUUCUCUCUCUACCCCCUCUCUCUCUGUAUGUCACCAACUCUAUGUAUAUGUACAUAAAUCUAGUGAGUUACACACUAUGCUAACACCAUGCCAACAAUGUGAUUGUACUAUAAACACAUAUAUGAACGACUUCUAAUGCAACACACACAAAAGGUAACACGCAUAACAACAUGAGCACAUGCUUAACAUAACUGCCAGAAGUACAAGCUACCCCGAUACAAGAGUACAUAUAUAUAUAUUGCCCUCUUUAUGACAAUGUAUAUGCCGCCGUCUGCGGUCGUGAAAAUGUUAUCGCCAUCCUGUCUGUGUGUGUGUGUCGGGCUGUGGACUCAACACACCAGGCUGAUAUGUUUAUGGCUUGUGGCAGUUACGGGAUCACUGACCUGCCAGGCUACACCGGCCUCCGAGUGCAUCUUAAAGCUUUUCCUUGAGGGAGUCUUUGUAGUCAAGGAGUUUAAGGCACACGCCCGUCUGUUUAAAGCUUAAACUAGAAAACUUCCAUCUUCCCUCCAUCAUUUCUCUACCCCUCCAGCAGAUAGGUAUGUGAUUUCUUAUAAAGGGGUGGGUAAUAUGAGGGGGAAGGAAAGGGUUUUCUAACGACUUUUACAUGUCAUGUUAUAGUUACAGUCAACCACAGUUCACUGUCACUAGAAUACAAGGUCUAGCAACAUUAUUUUCUCGAUUUCACAGAGGUACAGUAUCUUAACAGUAAGAUAAACAUUUUAUGCACGUGCUCUCGCUUGAAUAUGUAGUCCUUCUUGAAACGAACUGAAUAAUUUGCAGACAAUUCACACUUGGCACACAUUACCACUUAGGUUUUGCACACGUUUCAGCGAUUUUUUGCCGAAAAACUUGCAGUUUAGUCAAACAGGUUAUGAUAACUAAGGACUGCACAUGAGUGGAGAGUUAAAUGAAAAACACUUUUUCACGCAAACUUUUCUAUCGAUUACCAAAAUACCAAGAGCACAAGAAAGGUCGAAGGCACUGAAAAACUGCACCAAGUGAACCUAAUGUUGAUUUAGUAGCACACAUUCCCCUCGAUUUCUUGUCUCGGGGGUUGUCCCGUGACUUGCAGGGAGGAGGGGUGAAGAAGGAACUGCAGGUGGGGAUGGUGGAGAUUGUUUAACACCUACAGAGAGCUUCCUUAGCAAUGCUGUCAGUUAAUCAACUUUGAAGAGUAAGGUCACUGGUUGGAGGCUUGUUCUGGCCAACUACUGGAAAAAUUUCUUGUCCACUCAUUAGCCAGUUGGUGGCUGGAAUUUAAGGAAUCAAAAAGACAGUGGAAGUAGAUGGUUGGGUUUCGCCUUUCCACUGGUUUGUACAUAAAACAUGACAAAUUAGUGCAAUUUUGCCUCUUUUGGGACUAUGCCAUGCAAUGGUCUUAACAUUUCUCUCGACCGGAACUGAACCCGAUCUUAGUUAUCUAAGGUCUCUGAUUGACAAUAGGGAGUGUGUUGUUUUGACUUGAGAGACCAGAUAAGUCCUCGAACAAUGAACAAGGUGUUUUUCAGCUAUACAAAUCUUUCCCAACUUUAGGUACAAAUCUGAGGUCAAACAACUGCGUGAUGUUCGUGUUUGCCCUCAGUGAUUUGAGAAUGGCCGGCUGCAAUUUGUCCUGCUUUGGGAAAUUCCAACAGCAAACAGAAUUUGUUGGGCACGGUAGGGAGGAGCAGGGGAAAAAAAAAGAAAGAAAUAAAACAAGGAGCUGAUGGGCGAAAGGGGGAGGCAAUUAUGGCCCAAUGCAAAUGUGUUUUCCUGAGAUACAUUGAAUUAUCGACAAUUAUGAGGCUAGCAGGAAGACAAAACUGCUCAGACUGCGCAAUAACCCAGCGGGCGCGUCUUGCGCGGAUUCAUACACUUAAUAGAAUCUCGAAUUUAAAACCACCCAAAAUUUGAUACUUUGUAAAUAAUAAUAUAUCGAUUUAUCUCUCUUAUCCACAGAUAAAUAGAUUGUGUAGUAUAAAAUUUCUCUGUCAGUGUGACCUCCUGGCAUUGAACCAUUUCAAUUAUUCGUCCAUCUUUAUGAAUCUAUGAUGCCGUGUACAAGUUUUCUAUUAGCGAAUUAAAUUAUUUAUUAUAAAUCAUUAAUAAUUCAUACUGUAUAUAUUUAAGUUCAUAACUGAAUUAUAUUUUGGCACAAAAGUGCCUGGUUUUAAGAUACGAACAUAAAAUCGUUAAAAUUUUAUUCGAGUUUAGAAACUAGUUCUAGAAGGAAACGCCAAGGUCUUGAACUGUUGAGUUCAUCUUGCAUGGUCUACUGCCAAUGUGCCCGUGGGUGAGUGAAACAAGGCAGAUGAAUGGCCACGUUAUCGCCGCUGCUGGAUACCCAGUUAUCAGAAUCUUCUCUCAUAGAAUAAAAGAUGAUUGGUGAUCCCGAGCGUUUGUUGCCCCAGGCAAUCGAUAUGGUGAGUAUUUUUCUUAUCCGCCGCCACCUCGCACGAUCAGUGGCUUACAGCAGGCUCCAAGUAAGGAUGGAACACUUUCUGUGGUCACAAGUCAGCUUGAGGGGAGGCCACUUGUAGCUUAGAGUGGAUGUACGCAGUAAGUAACAACUUAAAGAUCGUGGUCGAUAAUUCUGUCCCCUUCGCCUACGCCUUCUGUUUAAUAUUCAUCAAUGCGGCAUAUACCUUGAACGAUGUUGGCAGAGAAGUUGGAGAGCGGAGGCGGCGCCGAGAUCGACCCGGUGCUCAACGCGCUUGGGCCGUUAGGUUUGUUCUCCAUCGUCCAGUGUUGCCUCUUCUACAGCGUCUACCUGACGGAUGCUUACCAGGCUCUCAGCAUCGUGUUCAUUGGUAUUCCAGUUUCUCACCGCUGUGCCAGGCCAGGUAACAACAGUGAUGUCAUUAUAACAGAGUUUAAUCACGCCAGCCAGAACUCUUCAGUAGUAAGGUAUGAAGAAUGCAGCAUCAGCAUCCACACCAACAGCAGUGGUGCCAUCACCGUUAGCACCUAUCCAUGUCUUUAUGGAAUGGAGUAUGACCGUCCUAAAGACGCGUCCGUCAUGUCAGAGUUUGACCUCGUCUGUGAGCACGCUCCUCUCUUCAGCAUUCUUCACACGGCGUAUUCUCUGGGAACCGGCCUGGGGUCGUUUUUGUUUCCUGCCUUGUCAGACCGUUACGGCCGCAAGAGGAUCAUGGUCGUCUGUCAGUUCCUGGCUCUGACUUGGUUUGUGGCGGCGUCUUUCACCCCCUCCUACAUCCUCCUUCUCGUCUUGAAGUUCGCCGCUGGCUUGUGCGCGCCGGGUCUGGGACUGAUCGCCGUGACUGGCUGGGGUGGAGCUGUUUCCGGCCAGGUAUCGCGGGUACGUGGGUGGCUUCGGCAGCACCCUGCUGUGGUCAGGCUGCAUGAUGACGGUGGCGCCACUGGCUUUCGUCUUGCGUCACAAGUCCUGGCGAGUUCUGCAGCUUGCCUUCGCCGUAGCUCCGCUGGUGGUCAUCCCACAGAUCAUCUUUUUAUCAGAACCUCUAAGAUGGCUGAUUGCUGCUGGCAAGAUCAAAGAGUUCUUGAGGGUUAUGGAAAAGGCCGCCAGGUGGAACCACAAGAAUUUCCAGAAGUCUUGGACGUGUUUCGAGACCUGCAGCUAGAAAUCUCGGCAAGCCACAAAGAAGCUGGCAACAGAAGAGGGACACAGACAAGGGUACCCUGGAUGCAACGGCCGACAAAAGAGCAAACGUUAGCCCCACAGCUUCCCUGGUCAGAACCAUUCCUCCAGACCCGACCGAACAACAGACUCCAAUCAGGCAGCUCUUCAGUAACUGGCAUCUGAGGAAAUUUUUGUUUGUUUUCAUUUUUGUUUCUUUUG